ACUGAAAACAGAACAAACACAAACACAAACAGAGAAUCAACGAAGAAGAAAAAUGGUGAAGGUGAUGUGGGUUUCCGUUUUAGCUCUGGCGGCGGCGAUUCUCCUUUUGACGGUCCCGGUGGCAGAAGGGGUGACGUGCUCGCCUAUGCAGCUGGCUUCAUGUGCGGCGGCGAUGACGUCAUCGUCGCCGCCAUCGGAGGCGUGUUGCACAAAGCUGAGAGAGCAGCAGCCAUGCCUUUGUGGGUACAUGAGGAACCCUACCCUCCGCCAAUACGUUAGCUCCCCUAACGCAAGGAAAGUCUCCAACAGUUGCAAGAUUCCUUCCCCAAGCUGUUAAGGAAAUGUUAAUCAUGAUUAAUUAGUGACAAGUUUCGCUGAUUAUAGUGGUUAAUGCUGGUCUUAUCUUCGUCACUACUAUUUAGAAUAAUAAAUGAAGUGAUGAUGAUUGAUGAUUGAUGAUUGAUGAUUAUCAUCAUCAUGCUUGAAUGUUAUGUUUUCUAUCUUAUAAAAUAUGAAAUAUACUUUAGAAAUAUGUUUCGUCGGA